GUCCCCAUCUUCAUUCCUGAAAGUGUCAUAAACGUCCAUUGCAUCUUCAAUUCUCUCUGUGACUCUCCUUUAACCAAACAUGGCAAGUAAGGCACAUGAUAAGAAUACCAUUCAAAACAGAAGUGCUGGUACUCCAUUCUUGACAGAACCAGCAGAGAAAACCUAAGCAAAAGUGCUAUCGAGAAGGGAAAGAAUCAAGUAGUGUAGGGCAGAACAACAAUGGGUUCUCCAUCUUUCUUCAAAAUCGUUCUUCAAUCUGCCAUUGAUGAGAAGAAGUUGCUUCUGCCGAUGAAGUUUGUAAGGCAACACGAAGGUGAGCUUGACAGGUUUGCAACUUUCAGCCUUCCAGAUGGGCGAACCUGGAAGAUGGAGAUUGUAAAGAGAAAGAGCGAUAGGAUGAAGAUGCUGGGCCGUGGUUGGUCUGAGUUCACAGCUCACUACUCAAUCAGCCAUGCCUAUUUGUUGGUGUUCAAGUACAAAGGGAGCUCCAACUUCCAUGUCCGGAUCUACGAUCCAAGCAGCUGUGAAAUCGAGUACCCAACUGGUGAUCCUGUGAGGAGGCCAAGAAAUCAUCAUGGCUCCAAACCAAAUGAGCAUGAAGAGGGGAGAUCAGGAGGUAUAAUUGAGCCCAUAGUGGGCAGGAGCUUUGAAAAGAUAUGCAAGAAGGCUACUCCAUCAGGGGAGAGGGUGAUCUUAGCUGCAAUGAACCUCAAGCUUAAGAAUCCUUCAUUCAUGCUGAUUGUGCAGCACUACAACCUAUCAAACCCUGUGGCUUACGUACCGGGUGAGUUUGCCAACAAGUAUCUCAGCCCGAAUUGCAGCCAGAUGAAGGUGAGAGAUUCCAACAGCAGCAGAGGAGGAGAGUGGGUGAUUCGAUUCUCUUGGAGGGACCGUGGUGGCUUGAAUCUGGGACUAGGAUGGGGUGCUUUCACAGACGACAAGGAGUUGGAGACAGAAGACGUUUGCCUGUUUGAGCUGAUCAAACCUGCAGAUUGUGUCAUGAAAGCUCACAUCUUUCGUGCGUCCAUCCUUGGUUAGGAAACCUAGGAAUUGUCUGAGUGAUUAACGGUGUGUAAUAAGCUAAAAAAAACUUGGAUUGCUGUUGUUUGGAUGAUCAAACUGGCCUUGUGGUAUGUGUGUUUAAGUUGAAACUGUUGCAAGAUAUUUUCUAGCGUCUAAUGUACAAGAUCAUGUUCCAAGAAAGGUCUAUUAUUGUAAUGCUUGAAUGGAAUGAAGAUGAUGAUCCUAUGAUACAAAUUUAAUGUGGUGUUAAGCCUGAUUUCGGGUUUCUUCAUAAGAUUAGGUCCGAUCGAAUCAAAUAACGAACAAUGAUCAUAUAAUACAUUGAAUUCGAAACAGUCAGCACCAAAAUGUAUGGCCAGCCCUAGAUCAAAGUAAUGAAACUAACCACAUUGGGGCUACAACCCUUCUCAUCUCCUUAAGCAAUUCCAAUACCAUCUCAAACUUCCUGUUCUUACAAUAACUCAUAAUCAAGAUGUUAAAAGUAAAUACAGCAAGGUGUAACCCUAUCCUUCAACAUUCUGCCAUAAACCUCUACAGCAUCAGCAUGCCAGCCACAUUGAUCAGAGCAUUGAAAACAUCGAGAUUAGGCCACUAUUCCACUAACCUAUCACUCAAGUUCGCAGCUUUACAGUAAAGCGGUGAUGGAAAGCUGGAAAAUUGGCUCAAUUCUGGGACAAGAGAAGAUACCUUCGCUGCAGUGACAAGGGUUUGAAGCCAUGAAAUGCAGAAUGGGGUGAGGUCGGAAAGCCUGUUGGUACUGUUGACGAGACUGCGGGCCAUCCACUCGAAAGCUGUGUGAUCAUGUCAGAAAGAAUCCACCGAAGAGCGGAGAUCAUAAUGGCGGUAAUUAGAGUGGUGGUGGAGCUUGGAUUUGAGGAAUUGAAGUAGGUUUUGUGGGUUCACUGAUCGGAUUGUGAAGUAGACUCCGAGGAAAUUCACCAUGGUAAUGAGCGUCAGAGUGAGUCGCCGCGGAGAUGGGAGCCUAUCAAAGCCUCUAUUCAAACUGGUCUCCUAAAUCCUUCACGAACGGUGAACUGGAGUGGACGGUUGAAGGGUAAGAACUAAUGUUACUUUCCAGUCACUACAGAAUGUCAUUUUAACAAAUAAGUCCGUAUAAUGCUAUGGUUAUUAACAAAUAAGUCUCUAUAUUAUGUUUUCUAUUCAUUUGUAGUCCCUUCAUCAGACAUUUUCUUCACUUGCGUUACUAGGCCGUUAGCUGAGCUCGGUUGGAUCACUCAAGUGUCGCAAUUUUUUAUCGAGAAAUAAGAUUGAUUGAGUGUACUAUAUGGUUAAAUUCCAUUGAUUUCUUGGUUUUAUAACAAAGAUUGAAACCCCAA